GCAGCCGAUUUGGAGACCACCGCAUACGCCCUGCUCGCACUCAGUGACAAUGACCUCACGAAGGCAGAUCAACUGGCCACGAUGAGGUGGAUCUCGCAACAGCAGAACGAAAACGGUGGAUUCUACUCCACCCAGGACACUGUGGUUGCGCUGCGUGCACUCACACAUGCAUCGCGUGUGUUCCCCUCACCAACGCGAAGCACACCAGUCAGCGUUCGCACGCAUCCGCUUGACCGCGUGCACAUCCUACUGGACGUCAACUCCGACAACCAGCUUGUUGCGCACACCUUCGAGGUUGGUGUGCACAAUGAAAGCGACGUGAGGCAUGUGAGUGUGCACAUUCAGUCGCCUGAUGCCGUCUGCAUUUCUGCUCAUGUUACGUCAAUCUACAAUGUGGCUGAAGCGAAGACACGCGACCAGGUCUUUGACAUCGAGAUUUCCACCGACCAAGGUGGCACCAGCUCAACUGCGGCAUGCACCACUGCCAUCACCACGGUGUGCUUGCGUUCACUGACAAGCGAACCCACGGGAAUGCUGUUGGUGACGCUGCAGAUGCCAAGUGGAUGGACGGUUAGUGCGAGUGAGCUCAACAAAAUCGCCCUCAACGCGUCUCUGCAGAAGAUGGAAGUGGACGCACACAAACAGGAGGUGAGCGUGUACCUGAAUGGAUUCAGCUCAGCACAGGACACGGAGAGGUGCUUCACGGUGCCUCUUCACCAGCGCACAUUCGUGGAGAAGGCGCAACCAGGCUUGAUCACUGCAUUCGACUACUACAACCCCGAUGAGAAGGUGCAGUCGCAGCUGAAGUUGGACUCUUGCCAAGUCUUCUGGGAUGCGCCCUCUGGAGGUAUCCUCAACGAUACGUCGCCUGUUACGUCGACCACACCGCCACCAUCUACCACCUCCCCUGAACCUUCUGCCGUGUGUCCCAAAUGCGAGCAAAUUACUGCUGACGAGCUAGAACAGCGCUUGAAUCAGUCGAUUUGCCAUUACGGCAGCCCACUUUACUUCUUCAAGCCCCGCAUAUCAGACAACCUGAGUUGA